AUGACCGUACCGAAGAUAGCCAUCAACGGCUUUGGCCGCAUCGGCCGCAUGGUGACCCGGAUCGCCAAACAGAACCGCCAUUUCGACGUGGUGGCGGUGAACGACUUGAACAGCGCUGAAUGGCUGGCCUACGCCUUCAAGUACGACAGCCGUGCACGGGCCUAUCCCGGCACCAUCGAAGUCGAAGGCGACCAAAUGAAGAUCGACAACGAUCCGUUCGUGGUGCUCAGCGAGCGAGAGCCGGCCAAGCUGCCCUGGCGUGAGCUCGGGGUGGACUACGUGAUCGAAUCGACCGGUGCAUUCCGCCACCUCGACAAGCUCGACGAUCACCUAGAGGCCGGCGCCCGGCGAGUGCUGGUCACCGUGCCUACCAAGGACCCGCUCGACAGCACGGUGGUGCUAGGGGUCAACGACCACGUGGUCACGCCCGACUCGAAGAUCGUCUCCAACGCCAGUUGCACCACCAACUGGCCCGCGCCGCUGGCCAAGGUGCUGCUCGAUGGCUUCGGUAUCCGUCGCGGCCUGCUGACCACGGUGCAUGCCUACACUUCGACCCAACGGCUGGUCGACUCGCCGCACAAGGACUUUCGGCGCUCGCGCUCGGCGGCGACCAACAUCAUCCCCACCACCACCGGCGCUGCCAAAGCGAUCGGACGGGUCAUCCCCGAGCUCGAUGGCAAGCUCGACGGCAUGGCGCUGCGGGUUCCGGUUCCCGACGGCAGUGUCGUCGACCUCACCGUCGAGCUCGACCGUGACACGACAUCCGAGAUCAACGCCGCCAUGAAAGAGGCCGCCGAGGGCCCGAUGCGCGGCAUCUUGCAAUACCAAACCGACCCGAUCGUCUCCAGCGACAUUCUCGGCAACCGCUAUUCGUCGAUCUUCGACGCUGGCCUGACCCAGGUCAUGGGCGGCAACAUGGUCAAGGUGAUCAGCUGGUACGACAACGAGUACGGCUACAGCUCACGGGUCGAAGAUCUGAUCGUCAAGGUCGAGGUGGCUACCCGCACGACGCGGAGUUGUGGGACUGCCCUGCGAAUCCUUGGCCACCACCGAUCGUCAGCACCACGGUCACCGCCAGAGCCGUCGCCAGCAGUACCGCGGCGACGCUCUGGUGCGCAGCGUGGACCAGUGGGAAGCCGGCCGGCGGUGGCCAAACCUCGAUCGCCGGUGAGGGGCCUUGAAGAGUGCCGUCAUGCCCAGCAUCAGCUGGCCCACCGCCAGAGCGAGCAAGCCGUAGACGCUCCAGGCCAACGGUCCGCGACGGCCGCUGUCGACUAUUCCACCCGACCAGGAACUUCAACAUCCGACCACUGCAAAGGCACCCAGUACGUGCAGGCCAAGGGCAGCGAGGUAGAUCGUGUCAUUCGGCGGAUGCCGCGCCAGGGCGCCCAAGACCACUUGCAGCAGCAGCAUCGCCAGGGGCGUAGCGUGCCCGCCGCGCCAGUCCGCAUCGGCCGGCGAGCGCCACCGGCUGGUGGUGGCGACGCCGAUCAACACGGCGGCGGCAAAAAUCAGCUGGGACAGCACGACGUGGACGGCUACCAACCAGGCGGUAGAAAGCUCCACACCGCCACUCCGCCGAGCCCGAUCUGCACGAGGUCAGUGACCAGCAAGGCGAUGCCGAGCCGUCGUAACCAGCGCCGCUGCCCGCGGACCAAUAGGCGACCUGCCAGCACCAAGAUGGCGAUCCCAGAGAGCGCUGCCGCCCAGCCGGUGGAGGGUGACGAAAGAAGCGUUGCCCUGCCAUGCCCAAGGCACCCAGCGACCGUAGGUCAAGGGCCAGUCGGGCACUGCCAGACCACCCUGGUGGCUGUGAACCCAACUGCCAGCAACCAGUGUCGCCAAGUAAAGAGCGCCGCCAACCAGGCCAGCCCGCAACUCCACCGGUCGGGCCUUCGCUAG